CGGGAGACGGAGGGAAGCUACAGCAGAGCGCACAAGCAGUUAAACGUCGUAUUUUAACAGUUUCGCAGUUAUGCGCCGUAGAUAUUUUUUAACGGCUGGCUGUUUUCAAAGUAUGUGAGCCCAAAAGAAAUUAUGUAGGUGUUUGGUUUGUAUCGAUAGAUAAUUAAAGCUAACUGAGCUAAGCUAACAGUUUAGGCUAAUGUAAAUGCCACAUUCAUAUUAAGGCCGCAUGAUGGACGUUUGAAAUGUUAAAUAGUUAUAUCUGCUUGUGUUCCAAUCAUAUUCUAGCUUAGGUCAUUCAUAGGUUUGGUGUUAUAAAUACGCCGUUUGUCAUUCAUCUUGGACUGACGAAUCUCUUAAUAUUGCCGUUACAACCAUGUUCAUUUACCUCAGCAAAAAGAUUGCUAUUCCGAAUAAUAUUCACCUUAAAUGUGUCUCAUGGAACAAAGACCAAGGCUUCAUUGCCUGUGGGGGAGAUGAUGCUCUCCUCAAAGUACUCAAGCUUGAAACUCAGACAGAUGAUGCCAGACUAAAAGGCCUUGCUGCACCCAGUAACCUGUCCAUGAACCAGACUCUAGAAGGACAUAUUGGUGCAGUGCAAGUGGUGACCUGGAAUGAACAAUACAAGAAGUUGACGACCAGUGAUGAGACAGGACUCAUUAUUGUGUGGAUGCUCUACAAAGGUGCAUGGUAUGAAGAGAUGAUUAACAACAGGAACAAGUCAGUGGUGAGGAGCAUGAGCUGGAAUGCUGAUGGUCAGAAGAUCUGCAUUGUGUAUGAAGAUGGAGCGGUCAUCGUUGGAUCUGUUGAUGGAAACCGUAUUUGGGGAAAGGAACUGAAAGGAAGUCAGCUCGCUCAUGUGGCAUGGUCACCUGACAGCAAAAUCCUCCUCUUUGGCAUGGCCAAUGGGGAAGUACACAUCUAUGACAAUCAAGGAAACUUCAUUAUGAAAAUGACCAUCAUUUGUCUCACCAUGGCGACCGGAGCUGUCAGUAUAGCUGGUAUCCACUGGUAUGCAGGAACUGGGGGAUACGUUGAGCCAGACUGUCCAUGUCUUGCCAUUUGUUAUGACAAUGGAAGAUGUCAAAUCAUGCGUUAUGAGAAUGAUGAAAAUCCAGUGUGUAUCGAUACUUUGAUGAAUGUGGUCAGCAUCCAGUGGAACCACUGUGGCAGUGUGUUAGCAGUGGCAGGUUCCCUCAGAUCCUUAAAUAAAGAGAAAGAAUUCAAUGUGAUUCAGUUCUACACACCAUUUGGAGAGCAUCUAAGAACUCUCAAAGUGCCUGGCAAACAGAUGUCAGGGGUUGCCUGGGAGGGAGGAGGACUGCGGAUUGGCCUGGCUGUGGACUCCUACAUCUACUUUGCCAACAUAAGACCAGAUUAUAAGUGGGGCUACUGCUGCAGCACAGUUGUAUAUGCAUACACAAAGCCAGAGCGGCAGGAAUACUGUGUAGUAUUUUGGGACACCAAGAACAAUGAGAAAUGUGUUAAAUAUGUCAAAAGUCUGAUGUCCAUUACUACCUCUGGAGACUUCUGCAUCCUGGCCAGCAAGGCAGAUGAAACACAGCCUCAGGAGAAUGCUGGGUUAGAGGCUGUUAAUCCUGCAAGGUACGUCCUGAUUCUGUGUAACUCCAUUGGAACGCCACUGGACUCAAAAUACAUAAACAUCGAUCCACUAUUCGUUACCAUGACAAAGACACACGUCAUUGCUGCAUCCAAAGAUGCUUUCUACCUGUGGCAAUACAGAGUGGCAAAAAAACUGACUGCUCUGGAGAUCAACCAAGUGAGCAGAACAAAGAAAGGAGGGAGAGAGAGGGCCUAUCACAUCGACAGCAAUCCAUCAGGAGCCAAUGACUUGGGUUCAAAUCUUGAAAAAGACUUUGCGGCAACUCGAGAUCCCAUCUGUUGCAUUACAGCAACAGAUAAAACCCUCAUGGUGGGUCGCGAAUCCGGCAUCAUCCACAGAUACAGCCUUCCAAAUGUUACUCUCAUCCAGAAGUACACCAUGAACAACCGAGCUUAUUACAUGUCAUUGAACUGCAACUCCAGUCGCCUGGCCAUAAUCGACAUCGCAGGUGUACUGACGUUAUUGAAUCUGGAAGCUCGUUCCACCCCAGACGACGGCACAAGAGACCAGGCCUCUGUGGGAGAUCCGUCCAAGUUUGAGCGCAAAGAUGUCUGGGACAUGAAGUGGGCGAAUGACAACCCAGAUCUGUUCGCCAUGAUGGAGAAGACCAGGAUGUACGUCUUUAGGAACCUGGACCCAGAGGAACCCAUCCAAACCUCGGGAUACAUCUGCAGCUUUGAGGACCUGGAAAUCAAAUCUGUCUUGCUUGAUGAAAUCAUGAAGGACCCAGAGAGGCCGAACAAAGACAACCUCAUCAACUUUGAAAUCCGCUCUCUGAGAGACAGCCGUGCACUGAUUGAAAAAGUGGGCAUUGAAGAUGCUUCACAGUUCAUUGAAGACAAUCCUCACCCAAGACUCUGGCGUCUGCUGGCUGAAGCAGCCCUCCAGAAACUGGAUCUGAAGACAGCCGAGCAGGCCUUCGUCCGCUGCAAAGACUACCAGGGCAUCGAGUUCGUCAAGCGUCUGGGCAACCUGCAGAGUGAGCCCAUGAAACAAGCUGAAGUGGCAGCCUAUUUCGGCAGGUUUGAGGAAGCCGAUAGAAUGUACCUGGAUAUGGAUCGCAGGGACCUUGCCAUCAGCCUCAGGAUCAAGCUGGGAGACUGGUUCAAGGUGCAGCAUCUGCUUAAAAGUGGCUCUGGGGACUGUGACGAUGCUCUGCUCAAACAGGCGUACAAUGCGAUCGGGGACUACUAUGCUGACAGACAGAAGUGGAUCAGUGUGGUGAAGUUUUACAUUGAGGGUCGCAACCAGGAGAGACUGGCAGAAUGUUACUACAUGCUGGAGGACUACGAGGGCCUUGAAAAGCUGACCACAGAUCUGCCUGAGAAUCAUAAAUUAUUACCGGAGAUUGGACAGAUGUUUGCCACUGUGGGGAUGUGUGAACAAGCUGUGAACGCCUACCUUAAGUGCAACCAGCCCAAAGCUGCCAUUGACACGUGCGUCCAUCUGAACCAGUGGAACAAAGCUGUAGAACUGGCUAGAACUCACAACAUGAAGGAGAUUAAAUCUCUUCUUUCCAAAUAUGCUUCACACCUUCUGGAGAAGAAUAAAACUCUGGAGGCAGUCGAACUGUAUCGGAAGGCCCACCACUUUCUCGAUGCAGCCAAACUCAUGUUUAAGAUCGCAGACGAGGAGGCGAAGAAACGGAGCCGACCUCUGAGGGUGAAGAAGCUUUAUGUGCUGGCAGCGCAGCUUGUUGAAAAUUACCAUGAGCAAGUGAAGACAUCGCAGCAGAGCAAAGCCAAAGGCAAAAAGUCUGAGGCAACAUUUGCACUCGCUGGUCUGCUUGAAGAAGAUGCCACCUCCUCAGACAGCCGCAUCGUGGACAACGCCUGGCGAGGAGCAGAAGCAUAUCACUUCUUCCUUCUUGCUCAAAGGCAGCUGUAUGCAGGCUACAUGGACAAUGCCAUGCGCACAGCUCUUCACCUGCGCGAAUACGAGGAUGUCAUCCCGGCGGUGGAGAUCUACUCUCUGCUUGCCACUUGUUCUGUAGCCAGCCGCGCAUUCGGCACAUGCUCAAAAGCCUUCAUCAAGCUGGAGUCCUUGGAGAGUCUGAGCCCCCAGGAGCAGCAGCUUUAUGAGGAUUUGGCCCUGGAGAUCUUCACCAAGCAUCCCCCUAAGGACACCCGGGUGAUGGAGCCGAGCAGCUCAUCAGAGGGGCCAGAGGGGAAAUUACCCACAUGCAUUGUGACGGGUCUGCCGAUCCAGGAGUACCAGUUCUGGAUGUGCAGCGUCUGCAAACACUGUGCUAUGGAACAGGAGAUCAGUAAAUACAACUGCUGCCCUCUGUGCCACAGUCCUGUAGCAUGAUGCAGAAAACCAUAAAUUUCCCAAGACGAUUUCAUUUCAGACUGAGGAGGAAAGUAUCAAAACAUUUGAACACACUUUCUUCAUUUGUAGAACGUAUGAAAUAUGUUUGUAGAAACAUCUUUUUUCCUGCCCAGCGAUCUGUAUAUUAAGUCUAUAAGCAGGCAGCUGCAUGGUUGUUAAUAACACCGUGUCAGGAGUCAAAACAGAAAUGUCCAAACUUCCUUACACGUUAUUAUUCAUUCCAUACGUUACUAAUACCUUAUUUUUAUAUUGAGAUCAUUAGUAAAAACAGCCAUCAUAUUAAGUAAACAGUUUAAAAUAUCUACUGAUUGUAUUCAGUUUUUGGCAUAUUGUUGACGGUUGUAUUUGAUGAAGAAAUUCUACGACUUUUCCCCCAUUUUCUCACAUUUCUUUAGAAAAAGCCUUAAUAUUCAAACCAUCAUCAGUCUUUACUGAAAACCUGACACUCGGGAUUAACAGCUAAGAGCCAUUUGUAGAACAAGCUCAUUUGUUCAGGUCUUUGGAGUUUUACUUCAAGAAAUUUUACUUUUAGAUUUCUUCACAAUAUGCAGAUGCUUUGAAUCUCUGUCCAUCUGAAAGACUCUGCCUCUCUGAGGUGCUCUUUAUGCAGCCAGUCAUGUUACUUACCUGCUGCUUAUAAUCAGUUACAGCAAGCAUCUCCAGCUAUUUGGUUUUUAUUAGUAACACUAUUCCACCUUUUUUGAGAUGUGUUAUUGUCAUUUAUUCAAGAUGAGUUAAUAUUUUUAUGAAAUGGUAAAAUGUG